GGUAUCUAUGCCUUGGCCUUUCGCAUAUAAGCAUAACCUCAAGACUGAGUAUAGUGUAUAUCAAAGGUUUAUGCCAAGUACCUAAUCAUGUCUUCACCAACGUUCACUAAUUUGAUCCGAUUCCUGGACGACUCGUCUGUUGAACAUUAUGGAGAUGUCACGAAUAGUUCGCUGGAUAGCAUCGUUGGCUCAGUAGUCCCACUCCUCGAAGGUGACCUUUUUAGUUUACGACGAACGGAUAAGACUGCCGUAGUCCACAAGCUGUUAUCUCCCGUUCCCUCUACGCCGUUGUUUGUCUGCAUAGGGUUGAACUAUGCGGAUCAUGCGAAAGAAGCCGAUCUGGCAAUUCCGCCGAAUCCUGUGAUUUUUACGAAGCCAUCGGAUGCUUUGACAGGUCCCUAUUCGGAUGUCCCAGUUCCCCCUGAAGCAGAGUUAAUGGAUUAUGAGGGAGAGCUAUGUGUUGUCAUCUCAAAGACUGGCAAAAACAUUCCUGAGGACAAGGCCCUCGACUACGUCCUAGGAGUCACGGCGGGAAAUGACCUCUCCUCGCGCAAAUGGCAGCGACCUCCCUACUCAGGGGGACAAUUCACUUACGCCAAGUCAUUUGACUACUUCGCUCCAGUCGGUCCUACGAUUCUACAUGCUUCUUUAAUAGCCUCCAAGGCUCCGCUCAAGAUCAAGACAACAGUUAACGGUGAAGUCCGGCAAAACGGAAGCACAAGCGAUAUGCUCUUCAAUAUUGAGAAAAUCAUUGCGCAUGCGAGUAGAGGAACGACGCUAAGACAGGGAACGAUAAUCAUGACUGGAACCCCGGCCGGGAUAGCUGCUAAGUGGCCAGGACAGCCUUGGCUGAAGGAUGGUGACGUUGUUGAGGUUAACAUUAGUGGUAUCGGUUCUUUGAAGAACAAGCUUAUGUUUGAGAAAGAAUCGCGAUGA